GUACCUUGGUCACAUCAAUGAAAAGCCAACUCAGCUGAAAGUGAACUGAACUGAACCCAUUUUUAUACACAAAAAUUUAGUAGCUGCAGCGAAAUAAGUUAAUUUCUUCUGACCACUGAGCCCCAAGACAAUGCAAAAUGCGGCUGGCCAACGAAAAAGCGAAAAAGCAACACCAGCUGAGUGACUUGGCCCUGUUUGUGGGUCUGGCGAUCUGCUGUCUUCCAACUUUGACGUGGGCCUCUACUCUUUCCGACAAGCGACUGUGCGCCGACCCAAAAUGUGAACAGAUAAUCUCGACUGGCAUUGCCAAAAUCAGCUAUGCAACCGGCGGUGAAGGGCUGAUAUCCUUUAAGAUCAACUCCCCUAUUCGAGUCCUGUCCAAAAGCGCCGGUUCCAAUAAGCAGCUGUGGGGCGUCGAAAUUAACGGGCGGCGCGGCUAUGCUAACAAAGACUUCAUCAUGGAGAAGAAGGUACAGGUUCGGGAUAAGGAUCUAUUGUUUGAAGUGCCAGUGGUGGGACCCGGCAGUCCUGUCCAGGUCGUGGAGGAGUCACUGCAGCCAGUUCUAAACGCCUCUGAGUCAGCUGAUGACUUGGCAACGACCACAACGUCACCACUUGAGGUUAACGUUAAUUCAAUAGUUGUGGAGCAAGAAAAAGCGGUGGAUCAGCUGGUUCCUGAUCCAACGUUGGCUACCAAAGCCCAGGUGCAGCUGGUGGAAGGCACUGAGCUGCCAGUGGAGGUGAUUCAAGCUGUCACCGAAAGCGCAGCUGUUUCUGAAAAAAUAAAAGAGACCCAGGACGCACCGAAAUCCGAAUUUGCCUCGGCAAUUGUUGACACGAAAGAGCCAAAGGCUUUGGACUUGGACUCCAGUAAGCCCCAGGUAGAUUCUAAGGAAGAACCGUCUGUCUCCGGACGUCAGGAGCCAAUUCCAUUGCCGCAGGCUAUCAACGCUGAACUGGAAGACAGUGACGAUUUCGAUUACGGGGAUGACGAAGUAGAGGAAGACGAUAUCGAACUGAAACAAGGCAGGCAAGAUAACGAGUCCAUCGCCGAACAAGCAAACGAUAAGAAAUCAAUUAACGAAUCGAUUGAACUGAAUCCGAAUUUGAACCCAACUAAUAACUUGGUCAACCAAAAAGAAGAGCCCAAACUUGAGAAGGCAGAAGCCGAGGUACCAAAGCUUGAAGACGAAAAAUCCGUAGUCUCAGAAACUCCCGACAGCCCCGUUUUAGCAGCUUCAAAUGAUACCACAACAGUAGAUGAAAUAGAGGUGAAGGAAACUCCCAAGGACGAAAUGGAUAAAAUCGUGGAACCAAAGAUUUUAGAUGCUCUGUCAGUAGAGGCCACCGGAAAUUCAGUUGUUAAUGAUGAAGUUCAAGAAGACAUAGCUAAGCUGGCCGAUGAAGUCCGAGCUGAACCCAACAAAGAAAACCCAAUCGAACCGAUUGUUUCUCAACCUGAGCCGGAAAUAAAAUCUGAAUCUGAAUCAUUGACCAGUUCUACAACUCCUGUCAUUAAAGAGGCUCCUUUGAAAGUGGAACCUGUUGGCCUGCCGCCUCUGUUCGAAAAGAAGAACUUUGAGAAUCCCAAUGAUUAUUAUAAGCAGCUACAGGAACAGCAGAAGAAGGCAAACGAGGAAGCCGAGCAGCAGAAGAGGUUAAUCGAAGAGGCCGAGCAGCAAAGAAAGUUACAGGAAGAAGCAGAGGAGCAAAGGAGGUUGCAGGAAGAAGCGGAGAAGCAAAGGAGGUUAGAUGAAGAAGCAGAGGAGCAAAAGAGGAUUCGUGAGGAAGCUGAGCAGCAGAAAAUAUUAAAUGAAGAAGCGGAGAAACAGAAAAGGUUAGACUUAGAAGCGGAGCAACAGAAGAGGUUACAGGAGGUAGCUGAUCAGCAGCACUCCAACGAGUCUGUAGAACCAGAGUCCAACGAGGUUGUUGAUAACCGAAAUGACUACUACAACCAGCAACAGUCAGAGCAGAAUUACCAGCAUCACCAUUAUCAACAUCCCACGGAAAGUGCCUAUCAAUACUCAUCGAGUGCAGAGCAAACUACUCCAACUCCGGACCUAGAAUCCCCGUAUGGCGCAAUCCAUGAAGAGACCACACAAGCACCCGAAGCGGUCUCGGAACGUGCGGGAGUUGGUUCCGUGGAGCCCGUGGCUCUACCGGCCACAGCUAGUCCUGUGUCGGAGGUGCCCGUCAAGGAUGACGGCGUCGGCUUCGGUCUCUUCGCUACAAUUGUGGACACCGUGAACAAUUUCAUCGGAAAGGAAGCACAUAAUACCCCAAUAGAUGGCGGCGAUGAACUGCAAAGAAUUUUAUAUCCAGGAACGCCUGAGGUGGCAUCCCAUCGAAAGAGAACCGAAGACUCUGUUCCCGCUGACAUAGAUGGUUUUUGUGCUCGGUUUCAAUCCGAGAAUGCGCACUGCCAUCGCUCGAUAUCCCUGGAUAAUUUUGCGGAAAUAAUGGCUGGGAAGUUGGUGGACCACAGUCAGCUUUUACUGUGCGUGGUUAUUGCGGCGGCCUCCUCUCUCUUCUUUGUGUUCGCCUACUACUGCUUCUGCAACAGCAGCCAGGAGGGCGCACUUCUCUCGAAGCUGAACCACUUGGAGCGCAGUCUGCUGGCCUCUCACAAGGAAAACCUGAUCAUCAAGCACGACCUUAUGACUACACGAACAAAGUUGGCCAGCAUCGAGGACAACUCCUUUGGCUCGAACGACAUGGUGGCCGAUCUCAAGAAGCAGUUGGAAUCAGAACUAUACGAGAAGGCGAAGCUGCAGGAGCAGGUUGGCUCGCUGGAAAGGGAUCUGGAUAAUGCGGCUGAGGCUGGACUAGAGCUGAAUAAAAUGCUAUCCGAGGUUUUGAGUAGUCAAAAUGGGGACGAAGCCUUCAUGAGCACCGUCGAUGAGCUACAAAGACAGCUAAACGACCAAGAAAAGAUCAUCAUCGAGAUAAACUCAAGUCUGGCUGAGAAGAGUCGCGAGAACAGCGAACUUCAGUACUCCUUUACGGAGGCCACAGCUCGUCUCACCGCCGAUUUGAAGGCCCUACAAGAGGACAACUACGAGUUGGAGAUGGAAAAGUCAAAGCUGCAAACCCGCCUCGAGGAAAUCCAGGCGGAGACGGAAUUGGAGUUGGCCAAGGCGCUGGAGGCACGCAACUACGAAAUGCAGAAGCUGCAGAAACAAAUCCUCGAUCUGACCGCCAAGUGGGAACGGGAACACGGCGAUCUGCAGACCAGUCUGGCUAAGAUCGAAGCGCUCGAGGACUGCCUGAAGGCCGUGAAGAAGGACGCCAACCUGAACGUCCAGGAGCUGAUUACAUCGGCCAAGACGCGCGGAGAACUGAAUGCCGCCCAUAAGAAGUUCGUCGAGGUACAGGCGAAGGUUGAGCAGGAAGUUGCCCACAGGCAGCGCCUGGAGAGCCAGCUGCAGCAGUCAAGUGCCGACGUCGAGCAGCUGAAGCAGGACUUUAACCAAUCGGAGCGCGACAAGCUGGAGGCCCAAACGCGACUUGAGGUCCUAUCCGGCUACUUCCGCGAAAAGGAGAACGAACUUAAAAAAGAGCUCAGUUUGCAGGAGACUAAGUGGCUGCAACAUCAAGGGGAAAACGCCAGCACUGUGGAGACCCAGACGCUGAUGAAGAACGAAAUUCAAACUCUCAAAUCUCAGAACGAUGAACUGCGUGCCGAGAUCGAGGCCCAGAUUGCCUCGCACAAGGCACAGAUGGGCACGCUGGAAAACCGUGCCCAUGAAUCCUGGCUGGCAGCGCGCCAGUCGGAGCGCCGUUGCGAGGAGGCGCUGGCUGAGGCCGCUGGCCUUAGGCGCAAGCUGACCACCAUGGCCAGCGGAGGAGGUGGAGUAGGCGCCGGAGAUCCGACUGUAAUGGAGGCCAUCGCCGCCAACGGAGCACCCGUGCUGGGGGCGGAACUUAAGACGGCUCCGUCACCGCUGCCCUUGCCGGGCUCGCCACUGCUGAACAUGCCAAAUCCACUGCCAUUCCUGGCGGCACCCUUCUCUCCGUUCAUGGGCCUGCCGCCGCCGUUCCUGCCGCCAACGGGAGCGGGAGGGGCACGUCCCCCGCCCCUGGGACGCAUGCGCUCUCCGCCACCAUCUAGCCGAGGCGAUCGGGAUCGGGACCGGUACUCGGACUACAGCGAUUACGAUGACUACGACGACGACGAGGAGGACGAGCGGGGCAUGGACCGCCGUCGAAGGCACAGCGGCAGCUGGGGCCGCCGCCAUCGCGACUCCUACAACCACUCGCCGCGCACAUAUCGUUCGCUGUCGCCGUCGGACAGUCGGUACAACUACAACGACACGGAGACGGACUUCAGUCCACCGCCCAGUCCGCCGCCAGUUUCCUCGGGACGGAACGCGACAUCGCGACCCUACAGCGAGGUGUGAAGGAAGGCUCUUUCCGUGCGACCAAGUCCUACCAAGUAUAUUAGACUCAAAACUAGUUCAAAUAUAUUUAUUAAUCAACGACUAUCGAACGAUCGGGUCGGGGCGAGUCGGGUUGGCCUCUCAAACCGAUUCCACUAACAGGGAUCUCAGGAGAAUCCAUCAACAUCAACUACUAAGAAAACUCCUGACUCAAUGGUGAAUGAAUGAUAUCCAAAAAAAUUGAAUGAAAUUAAACACAUUGACAAAAAACCCAA